AUGGGAUCUCAAAUUAUUAAUGCUGAGGAGAGAACGAUUGGUUUUGAGCCGCGAGAUGAGAAACCUGGUGUUUAUCAUGAAGAGCAUGCGGAUCAUAUCAAUAAGGGCGCCCAUGCGGUUGCAGAGAGAGGUCAUGAAGCGACUGAUAGGCGAGGCCAAUCGCUUGUAACAUUUGACCCUACCGCGGAAAGAAAGCUAAGAUUAAAGAUUGAUUUAAUGAUUGUUCCUACUGUGGCAUUGUUGUAUCUCUUCUGUUUCAUCGACCGGGCAAAUAUCGGCAAUGCCAAACUUGCGGGGCUCGAAAAAGAUCUUAAAUUGGUGGGCUAUGAUUAUAACAAAGUUCUAUCGAUCUUCUAUAUCUCGUACAUCAUCUUUGAAAUCCCUGCAAAUAUGGCUUGCAAAUGGAUGGGUCCUGGAUGGUUUAUCCCCGCAACUUCGUUGGCGUUUGGAAUUUGCUCGAUUGCUACGGCAUUUGUGCACAAUAUCCACGAGAUCUCGGGAGUUCGUUUUCUUUUAGGUGCUUUUGAGGCGGGUAUGUUGCCAGGUAUUGCAUACUAUCUGUCUCGUUGGUAUCGGCGAUCCGAAUUGGCGUUUCGUCUAUCGUUAUACAUUGUCAUGGCUCCGUUGGCUGGUGCCUUUGGAGGUUUGCUCGCCUCGGGAAUUCUAAAACUGCCAGGCUUUGGUACCCUCCAUACAUGGCGAAUGAUAUUCGCUAUUGAAGGUAUUAUUACCUGUUGUCUCUCACUUAUCGCCUUCCUAACCCUUACCGAUCGUCCGGCUACGGCAAAAUGGCUCACACAAGAAGAAAAAGAUCUCGCUAUCGCGCGUGUCAAAUCUGAGAGAGUGGGAGCUACUGAAGUCCUAGAUGCUUUCGACUCCAAGAAGACCCUCCGUGGUAUUUUCAGCCCAGUAACUAUGGCUACAUCCUUUAUUUUUCUCCUAAACAACAUUACCGUCCAAGGACUCGCUUUCUUUGCUCCCACCAUCGUGAGAACUAUCUAUCCGAAAGCAACCGUCGUCUCCCAGCAACUCCAUACUGUCCCUCCCUACAUCGUCGGUGCCUUCUUUACAGUUCUCAUCCCAUUCCUCAGCUGGCGUUUCGACAGACGUAAUAUCUUCUUCAUCCUAAGCGCUCCCCUAAUGAUGUGCGGCUACAUCAUGUUCCUCGCCAGCACAGAUGCCCCCACCCGCUACGGAGCCACCUUCCUCAUCGCCAGCGGAGCCUUCUCAUUCGGCGCCCUAACCAAUGCUCAAGUCGCCGCAAAUGUCAUAUCAGACACCGCCCGCUCAAGUGCCAUUGGUACGAAUGUCAUGAUGGGAAAUAUAGGAGGUCUGAUAUCUACGUGGUCGUUUUUACCUCCAGAUGCUCCCGAUUAUCAUAUUGGUAAUGGACUUAAUUUGGCUACUGGGUCGAUGAUCUUCUUUUCGUCGAUGGUGUUGCUUGCGUGGAUGAAGAUGGAUAAUAGGAGGAGGGAUGGGAGGGAUGUGGAUGCGGAGUUGGAGGGUUUGAGUCAGGUUCAAAUUCAGGAUUUGGAUUGGAGACAUCCGGGGUUUAAGUGGAAGCCUUAG